AUGGCAACCCCGUACAUUGUAAGAAAUGUUCGCAAAGAAGCGAGCAACAGAUUGAACAUUGUGCAGGAUGUCGACCAUGAAGAUCAAAUUAAAAUCAACUCGUCGUGGCAAGAUGAAAUAAAUGGUGACCCUUGUGAAGAAAUAUUCAUCGAAGAGGUACUAUCAGAAAGCUCUGAUGACAUGUCGUUUGUUUUGGAUGAAAAUAAAGAAUUCGAAGAAAGUUCCAAUGACAACAUAAGUCAAGAAAGCCAAAUUUUUAAAGAAGUGAAGCUCCAUUCAGAAAUUGUUGUGAUUGUACUUGAAGAAGAUGAACAGAGAUACCAAUCUUGUGAUAUCGAAUGUGUCAGAUGGACUGCUGCGGAUCGAAAGAAGACCCAAAUACCUCUAACAGAAGAUGAUUUUGAGAUAACAGACAUCUACCGAACAACAGGUUUAUUCACAGCAACUGAGGUAUCAAUGGAAGUUCAAGUAAAUUUACCCAAAACACACAUUCCUCAUCAUGCUGCUUUUGAAUAUUUUCUAGUAGUAGAAACAGAGGGGAAUAAAUGGCUUACCCUUCCUUCCAAAUUGACCACUUCAAAUGAUACUUCAUUGACCAAACUACCAGAUUAUAUGGAGAUAUCGUCAAUAUGUGCUAUAGCCAGAAGAAUAAGUGAAAAGCUUAUAGUUACAGAGGACGGUUUUGAAUUCGUUUCAUCACUUGACACCAGGGUGAAAUUGGAUUUCCCCAUGGGUGCUGUUGAUAACAAUACAGACAUAGAAAUUCAGAUAUCACCAAUAGAUCAAAAGAGGGUCCGCGAAUUAAAAGAAUAUAAUCCAAAACUGUUUAAUACCAUCCUUAACAUGUCUGAUGUUGUAAGUGUAAAAUAUGAACAUACUAAAGAUUUUAAUAAAAAUGUAAAAAUCCAGCUUCCAAUGUCCUUAAAAAUGACCAAUGAAAGAAACUUUACACCAAAACCACUAUUUAUCCGCUGGAAUGGAACUCAACCUGAAAUAUUAAAUGGUGUUAUAACAAAGAUUCAGCCUGAUAUUUAUGCUACUUCUGUAACACAUUUCUCAGAUGCAGCCGCUGUGUUUGUAGACCCAAACGCCAGCCAAGAAGAAAUCUUUUAUGCUGCUGAAAUUAUAUCGGGAAAAUCUGAAAUUUGUAAGAUUUUAACAUUUUACACUUUUGAAAUACUUGGAAGUCAGCCAAGUUUGUGGGUAGAAUUGGUGCUAUCAAAAAAUAAAGAUGAAAUCAGGAAGAAAAGAGAAGCAAGAGGUCUCACAGAACUACCAUACAGUUUUUCACCUGAUAUGCAAAUUAAGAACCAGGAGCGUGUACAUGUAGCACUUAAACUCAAUAUAGAGUUCCCUCCAGGAAUAUGCAAGUCUUCAUUUUAUCUUAAGUUGGACUUAUUUUGUCCGUCUAAUCACUUUUCUUUCCCGGUUGUUAAGAAAGAGAGGAUGUGCUCCGCUCCCUAUGCGGCUAUUGAAUAUAAAUUUUCAAAAUCAAAAGAAAUUCAUCCAAUACAUUUCGAUCCUGUUACCAUGAAGAAAAAUCUAUUGCUCCCAACAAAGAACCCAGCGCAAGGGCCAUUGACGCGACCAAGUAAUGAUAAUGAUAGACAACAAUCACAACGACAGAAUACAGGUUUUGGUUUGAAAAGGAAGGAACAUAAAUCUGCUUGGCAAGACCCGUCUUCCCAAAAUAUGAGCAGGCCGAAUCAGGGACAAGCUCAUAAUGACAUACAUCAAAUCACAAGAUUGCCUGGUGAUACCUCGAUACCACCACCACCGCCACAGUGUGCUAGGUCUUCUCAUGUCUUGAGGAGAUCAAAUCAGUCUCAUAGUGAUAGCACCUUUCAGUACCAAAUGACAGAAUUUCCACCUCCAAGGCGUGCUUGGCCUGUUCAGUCUGCCAAAAACAUGAUAAGUCUGAAUCACAGACAUGCUCCGUACAGGGAAAGCCAACGACUGCGCCUUCAAGAGACACAACAGGCCAGUUAUUCUUCGAUGGCACCAUCACAGCGUGCUCAGUUUUCUGAAGAUCAAAACCAAACCAUUACGCCUGAGAGUUUAACAGAAACUGGGGUUCCUGAUGAUCCAAUGUUUUCCCAAAAAAGCAUGAUGAUGUUGGCCGAAACCUAUGGUAAUGAAACUGGUAAAAAACUCGCCAUUUGCUUAGAAUUCUCUCAUGAAGAAAUCAAAAUUAUUAGCGAAAGAAACACUGGAUUUAAUCCAAACUUCGAGAUAUUAGUUGAGUGGCUACUGAAAACCAAUCAAAUGAGGCAACGUCAAAAUAGGUAUGGACUUCUGAAAAAAGCUUUCCAAAGCAUUGGUAGAGUAGAUAUGGAAGAGUUGAUCGAAAAAGUAAGACGUGAAAAUCGUGGUUUUACAAAUAAAGACAAACCAUAA